AUGUGCGCCGGCGCAACGACGUCGUCGACCACCUUGAUCGAGUGCCACCACAUCGCCGGCGUCGUCCACUUCGCCGUCGCCAACAAGGUCUACGAUCUCCAGCUCUUCGAGGAGAUCCGUCGCAUCAAAUAUGGUUUAAGCGCGGUGGUCCAAUUUGUGUGCAGCUAUGUUACGCUGCCACUUUACGCUCGUGUCUUAGGAUCAAAUGUUCUUCAUGAGUCUGGUUUCUACAAACACAAAUUUGAUGCUGUUAUCCACUUUGCUGGAUUGAAAGCUGUUGGUGAGAGUAUGGCAAAGCCUGAGUCUUCAGGGGUUUCAUUUACUUCACGUAUUAUCACUGUUAAACCUAGAGAGGUUUCUGAAGUGGGUUCACUUUUAGGGAGAGCCAGUACUGCUGGACUAGGGAAGGCGGUGGAGGUCCUAGACACGCUCGGUAGCAGCAUGUCUAGUUUGAACCCUAGCAGCGGUUUUGUAUCUGGGGUGGCAACCAAAGGCAACAAAAUAUUAAUCUUGGCUUUCGAGGUGGCUAAUACGAUUGUUAAAGGCGCCAAUCUCAUGCAGUCUCUCUCGAAGGAAAGCGUAAGUUAUUUGAAAGAAAUGGUGCUUCCUUCUGAAGGCGUGCAGAGACUGAUAUCCGACGAUAUCAGUGAGUUACUAAGGAUUGCUGCCGCGGACAAAAGGCAAGAGUUGAAGGUGUUUUCUUUAGAGGUUGUUAGAUUUGGUAAUCGUUGUAAAGAUCCGCAAUGGCACAAUCUCGACCGUUAUUUCGCUAGACUAGAGUCUGAAAUUACACCUCAGAAGCAGUUGAAAGCAAGAGCAACGGAGAACAUGGAACAGUUGAUGACUCUGGUUCGGCACACGGCUGAUUUGUACCACAAGAUGCAUGAUCUAGACAAAUUCGAACUAGAUUAUCGUCGGAAACUUCAGGAGGAAAACUCAGUUGCAUCUCAGAGAGGGGACACCCUUCAAAUUCUAAGGCAAGAGUUAAAAAGUCAAAGGAAGCAUGUUAGGAGCCUAAAGAAAAAAACUCUUUGGUCAAAGAUACUCGAAGAUUAAUCAAGGCAUUUAUUAUCCACUCUUGUAAAGGAUGCCAUCUGGCUAUAUGCCCAUUUGGCAUGGUUUCUAGUGUAACAAUC